AUGGUGUUGGCGCUGGUGGUCGGACUCCUGUGCGUGUGGGGCCGCUUGAGCGUCGCCAAUCCUGAAGCGAAGCGGUUGUAUGACGACCUCCUCUCCAACUACAACCGUUUGAUCCGGCCCGUCGGCAACAACUCAGAUCGGCUCACUGUCAAAAUGGGACUCCGUCUCAGCCAACUCAUCGACGUUAAUCUUAAGAAUCAAAUCAUGACAACGAACGUAUGGGUAGAACAGGAAUGGAACGACUACAAACUGAAAUGGAAUCCUGACGACUACGGAGGUGUGGACACCCUGCACGUGCCUUCUGAACACAUAUGGCUGCCCGACAUUGUGCUUUAUAAUAAUGCUGACGGCAACUACGAGGUGACAAUCAUGACGAAGGCGAUCCUCCACCACGACGGGAAGGUGGUGUGGAAGCCACCAGCGAUCUACAAGUCGUUCUGCGAGAUCGAUGUCGAGUACUUCCCCUUCGAUGAGCAGACCUGCUUCAUGAAGUUCGGCUCUUGGAGUUACGAUGGCUACACGGUGGAUUUGAGACACUUGAAGCAAACGCCAGACUCAGACAAAAUAGGAAUGGGGAUCGAUCUCUCGGAAUACUACAUCUCUGUAGAGUGGGAUAUCAUGCGCGUGCCAGCGACUCGGAACGAGAAGUUCUACUCUUGCUGCGAGGAACCAUACCCUGACAUAAUUUUCAAUCUUACUCUUAGGAGAAAGACUCUUUUCUACACAGUCAACCUUAUCAUCCCUUGUGUUGGGAUCUCCUUUCUAUCGGUCCUCGUAUUUUACCUACCAUCAGAUUCUGGAGAGAAAAUCUCACUAUGUAUUUCAAUUCUUCUGUCGUUGACUGUGUUUUUCUUACUGUUAGCUGAAAUCAUCCCACCUACAUCACUGACGGUGCCGCUGUUAGGAAAAUAUUUGUUAUUCACAAUGAUGCUAGUCACAUUAUCAGUAGUUGUCACAAUCGUGGUGCUUAACGUAAAUUUUAGGUCGCCAGUCACCCACCACAUGGCCCCGUGGGUGCGAAAGGUCUUUAUAGAUUUUUUACCCAAAAUAUUGUGUAUACAAAGGCCAGAAAAGCCACCCGACGAUGAGGAUAAUGAUAAGCCAACUGAGGUUAUUACCGACGUGUUCGGAGAGAAUGACAUGGAUGGAAAGUUCAAGGAGUGGGGAAGCGAGGAGUACGAGCUACCAGGCAUGCCGCCCUCCCCUCCACCCCCUCCUGGUGGCGACGAUGAACUAUUCUCCCCACCCCCUGGGUCGCCAUGCCGUUUGGACUUAGACGACGGCAGCGCAUCUCUGGAGAAACCUUAUGUGAGAGAGAUGGAAAAGACUAUAGAAGGCUCCAGGUUUAUUGCGCAACACGUGAAGAAUAAGGAUAAGUUUGAAAGCGUGGAGGAUGAUUGGAAAUACGUCGCUAUGGUAUUGGACAGAAUCUUCCUGUUCGCCUUCACGAUAGCCUGCGUGUUGGGGACGGCCCUCAUCAUAUUCAGAGCGCCAACCUUCUAUGACAACAGCAAGCCCAUCGACAUUCUCUACUCGAAGAUUGCGAAAAAGAAAUUAGAGUUGCUCAAAAUGGGCUCCUUGGGAGACCCGAGUCUCUGA